UCGGCAACAACAUAGACAUCAAUGGCACCGAUCUCAGGCUUGGCGCCAUCGUCUGAAACCUACGAUGGAUCCUCAUUGCGCAUAGCCAUCGUACACGCCAGAUGGAACAAGCCCAUCAUAGACGCACUUGUCAAUGGUGCCAUCAAAAAGCUCACUGAGCGCGGCGUGAAGCCGACCAACAUUGUUGUGCAGUCGGUACCAGGAAGCUUUGAGCUUCCCCUCGCUUGUUCGAAAGUGAUCGGCGCUGCGCAUGUCCAGGCUGGUGCAACUGCGACAGACCUCCUCGGCGGUUUAACUUUCUCUCCUACUGUCAGGUCCGGCUCGCGUACCGGGACACCAGUACCUUCAUCGGCGUCUUCUUCAAGCCAGCCCUUCGAUGCAGUCAUUGCAAUUGGAGUUCUCAUCAAAGGCUCUACUAUGCAUUUCGAAUACAUCUGCGACGCAGUCUCUCAUGCACUCAUGCGUCUGCAAAUGGACUCUGGAGUUCCCGUUAUUUUCGGCGUUCUGACAGCGCUUAAUGAGGACCAAGCACUGGACCGUGCUGGCAUUGGGCGUGGGGAAUCCAAGGGACAUAACCACGGCGAGGACUGGGCAACAGCAGCCAUCGAAAUGGGCGCACAGUCAAAGAAGUGGGGUGAUGGUAAGUUUUAGAAGGACACUAUGUAUGAUGAAGAGAAAGGAAUAGCAACUGUAUACUUGGACUUCCGAGCUAAUGCAAGAAUCCUCCCGAUAUACCUGCCGGGAAUGGCGGAUAGCCGUCUGGACUCCCAGGUAUUGUGUAACCCCAAAGAACAUAAUUUCCUUGCUCUGUACAAUUGAUGUAUGUCCGAGUGCUCGCACCUCUCAGUGCUGCGGAUAGACGAAUG